CCAAACUCACUUCAGUUGUCUGCGCGUGUGGAUGUUGGUAAUAAAUAGGUAGGUUCCAGAUCAAUGUGGUGAGGCCGUGUGACUGAAAAUGGGAAUCUCUGGACUGCUGCAAUUCAUCAAAGAUGCUGGCGAGCCCGUCAGCGUGAAGAAAUACAAAGGCCGGACGGUGGCUGUGGACACCUACUGCUGGCUGCAUAAAGGAGCCUUCUCUUGUGCCGAAAAGCUCGCGAAAGGGGAACCCACUGACCAGUAUGUGUGGUACUGUAUGAAAUUCGUGGACAUGCUGCUGAACUUCGGUGUUAAACCAAUUCUGGUGUUUGAUGGACGCAAUCUGCCCUCCAAGCAGGAGGUGGAAAAAGCUCGCAGAGAACGCAGGGAAGUCAACCUCCAAAAGGGCCGGAAGCUGCUGCGUGAGGGCAAACUGUCGGAGGCCAGAGACUGUUUCACCCGCUGCGUCAACAUCACUCCGGCCAUGGCCCACAACCUCAUCAAGGCGGCGAGGGCCAGAGGGGUGGACUGUGUGGUGGCUCCCUAUGAAGCUGAUUCUCAGCUGGCGUUCCUCAGCAAAGCGGGUCUGGCCGAUGCUGUCAUCACGGAGGAUUCUGACUUGCUGGCAUUUGGCUGCAAAACGGUGAUUCUCAAAAUGGAUAAGCAAGGAAACGGGCUGGAAAUAGACCAGAGCAAUCUGGGUCGCUGCCGCUCGCUGGGGAACGUCUUCACGGAGGAGAAGUUCCGCUACAUGUGCAUCCUGGCCGGCUGCGACUAUCUGGCUUCCCUGCAUGGCAUCGGCCUGGGAAAGGCCUGCAAGCUGCUGCGUCUCGCCAAAGACCCAGACAUUAUCAAGGUGAUCAGGAAGAUGGGCCAGUACCUGAAAAUGAAUCUGGUCGUCCCCGAAUCCUACAUCGAAGGCUUCGUAAAGGCCAACAACACCUUCCUGUACCAGCUGGUGUUCGAUCCAGUCAGGAGGAAAGUCGUGCCUCUCAACCCAUAUCCUGACCACAUGGACCCAGCCACCCUCAGCUAUGCUGGACAAAAUCUUGGAGAUGACAAAGGUUUGGCGAUGGCUUUGGGAAAUCUGGAUGUCAAUACCUUGGAGAGAAUAGACGACUUUAAUCCAGACAAACCCAAUCCACAGCUGCGUAAACCCCAGAGCCACAGCUGGGCGGCUGCAGCCGGCUCCUCUGGGUCCAGCGUCUGGAGCAGGGCCUUCACCCCCGCCUCUGGCAGCCCCCCCCACCCCCCCCGCCCUGCAGACAGGCCCUCCUCCACCAGGGGGAAGGAGAGAAUCAUAAGCUCAAACGGCCUGAGACUGCCCUGCAGAGAGCUCCAGGUGAAGAGGCAGAGAGACGAGCCGCGUAUAUCUGAUGAGGAAGUGCUGCAGCAGUACUGCGGCUCUGGGCAGAAGCGGUGGAAGUCAGAUCAGCCACCAGACAAACCUGCAGCGAGCAUACAGCCCCCGCCACGCAAUCGCUUCGCCACCCUGCUGCAGAAGAGGAACCAGGAACCAGAGCACGGCCCCGUCACACACAGCAGGUUCUUCAGCAGCUCCAUCUCGGCUGAUAAUCUGAGCCCAAAGCAGUCCCCCCCGCCCCCAAAUACAGCUGCACUCCCCAGUGGAGACCAGUCCUCUGUGAGCCUGGACAGUGAUGCUCCCGAAAUCCCUUCAGUGGAAACGCCCAGCCCCCCCCCAUCCCCCCCCACCACGCCCGCCACUCAGGGCCUCAGACUCUUCCAGAGGUCGGGGGGGUCCUCAGCCAAGCAGCCAGACACGCCCAGAUCCAGCACAGGACUGGCCGUUUUACAGCAGUUUCAGUACAAGAGGGAGGCCUUUUCCUCCUCUCAAAAGGCACACGGACUCUCUGUAGAAGUCCCCCCCCCACAGCCAUCGUCCCCCGACGGGAUGUCGGAGGACAGACUCACCCUCUCAGACUCCCCCUCCUCCCAGGACAGCGCCUACGCCUCUCAGUCCCAGUCCUGCCCCCCCUCCCUCGACAGAGAGGACGCCUCCAGCUACAGCCUCCAGUCCUCCCAGGAGGAGGAGGCCACCUCUGAAAUGAGUUCAAGCUAUGACUUGGAACCAGAGGCUUCCACGCGUCCAGCCGAAGCGGACAGGAGACCUGGGGGGCAUCAAACCUCGAAGGUGUCAGGACUGUCCAAGUGGAGGCCCAGCAGGCCGCCCCAAGCUGUCAAAGUACAAACGCUGGGCCCGGCCAGGGCCAGCGGACUGAGGAGGAAAUCUGCUGCUUCUGGGAGGAAAGGCCCCCCCCCCAACAACGAGAACAACCCCGGUGUGCAGGCCAAAAUCAGCAGCCUCUGGAAGAACUUCAGCUUCAAAAAGGACGUCCAGAGGAUGCUCGUGUCUCCGGUCAAAGACUGA